GUUCCGGUAUGAGGGCAGGAUCGUGCGCAUAGACUGCAGCUCCUCGCCUUUCUCCCCCCUGGUCGCCCGCGACUCGCACCUCCUGACGAGAAAAGCCCACUGUGCCGAUAAUGGAUUUUACAACUUGAUGAUUCCCCCUUCAGUCGGCUGGAAUAAGCAGUCGGUGUACCGACAGGACGAACUGGUAGAUCGCCACACUGCAGUGCAGCACUGGUGAACGACCUUAUUCCAAUCACGCAACACAAGGAAGAGCGCCGGUGAUUUCCGUGGAUUUUGAGUUUCGUGGGCUGCUCUGUGGCAGUCACCGCCGCUGCGGGCGCUGGGGGAAUAGGCUAACCAGCUAGCUCUGCCUCAAAAGAAACGCUGAAUUAGCUAGCUACAUGGGCUAAUAUCGAGCAGCUAGCGCAACAAAUUAAUUCGUGUUUCUCACCUGCCAUGUGAGCGUUUUACAAGGUGCUGCUUUUAUUUUUCGGAUACCCAACCCCGGAUAUCUCACUGGGAAUAUCUUGAAUUGUUUUGUGUGAGUUGGGAAGGUCGAGACCUCGCCGGGAAUAACUUUGGCCUGAAAGUUUGUGGACCCCGGACCUGGUUUCAACCCUGAAAGGAAACAUCUCUGCCCCAAAAAGAGAAAGACAGACGACGACGUUACGUUAUGAAAACGACGCUGGAUAAACGUUUGUUGUAGAUUUCGGCGACAGUCGGGGCUCCCUCGGACGUUAGUUAGCAGCCUCACAGGUUAGCAUGUUAGCCACCUAAUUGAACCUUGUCUUGUUCAAUACAACCAACUUUUCUUCAAGCUAGCACAAGUAGCUAGCUGGCCAAAACGUCACAGCACCAGGCUGUUAGCUCGGCUCUAGUGUCGGUGCUGUAGCUCGCUUGCUCACCAUCGACGCCGAUACAUGCUAAUUGGGAACUGAAUGUUUUCAGACCGAAGCUGAAGAAAACAGCGGCUUUUCCUGUUUUGUACUUGUUGACAAACAUGGGACGUGCGGUUGCUGCUAGCUAGUUUCUAGCUAGCUGGCUAACUCGGCUAGCCGCUGAUGUGGGAUUCAACUUGUUGAUUCACGGGUUAUCUGUCGUGCUGCUAGCUGGCUAGCACUGGACAUCUGUUGGAAAUUUCCCUCUACCAUCAGCCACACGAGUUUUAAAUGCACAAGAGACACUGACGAAUCGUUCUUGUUUCACAGUUCCUUUUCCCUUUUUUGCAACUCCCAAGUCUUUCAAAAAUGUCAGCAAGGACCCCACUGAUGCAAGUCAUUGAAAAUUCGGCCGGGCAGGAGUCCAAGUCAUCAUCUGGCCGCUCCGGCAUGCCGCAAUGUCGGAACUCAGCCACAUCAGAUGAGCAGCCGCACAUUGGUAACUAUCGGUUAUUGAAAACCAUCGGCAAAGGCAACUUCGCCAAGGUCAAACUGGCACGACAUGUCCUCACUGGAAAAGAGGUGGCUGUAAAGAUCAUAGAUAAGACACAGCUCAACUCCUCCAGUUUGCAGAAGCUCUUUCGGGAGGUGAGGAUCAUGAAGAUGUUGAAUCAUCCCAACAUAGUCAAGCUCUUUGAGGUGAUAGAGACAGAGAAGACUUUGUACCUGGUAAUGGAGUACGCUAGUGGAGGAGAGGUCUUUGAUUACUUGGUGGCCCAUGGCAGGAUGAAGGAGAAAGAAGCCCGUGCCAAAUUCAGACAGAUUGUGUCAGCAGUGCAGUAUUGCCAUCAGAAGUGUAUAGUACACAGAGACCUCAAGGCGGAGAACCUGCUGCUGGACGCAGACAUGAACAUCAAGAUAGCAGACUUUGGCUUCAGUAAUGAGUUUACUCUGGGGAACAAGCUGGACACUUUCUGCGGCUCCCCGCCCUAUGCAGCCCCAGAGCUCUUCCAGGGCAAGAAGUACGAUGGGCCCGAGGUGGACGUCUGGAGCCUGGGAGUGAUCCUCUACACACUGGUCAGCGGCUCGCUGCCCUUCGACGGACAAAACCUCAAGGAGCUGAGAGAGCGCGUGCUGCGUGGUAAAUACAGGAUUCCUUUCUAUAUGUCCACCGACUGUGAGAACUUGCUCAAAAAGUUCCUCAUCCUGAACCCUUCCAAAAGAGGCAGCCUCGAGCAGAUAAUGAGGGACCGGUGGAUGAAUGUGGGCUACGAGGAGGACGAACUCAAACCCUACAUUGAACCUCAGCCAGAUUAUAAGGACCCCAGGAGGACAGACAUCAUGCUGCAGAUGGGAUUGUCUCAGGACGAGAUCCAGGACUCGCUGGUGAACCAGAAGUAUAAUGAUGUGAUGGCUACGUACCUGCUUCUGGACUAUAGGAACUCUGAGCUGGAUGAAGGUUGCAUCAAGGCCCGACCAGGAAGUGAUGUAAGCAACAUACAUGCCCCCUCCCCGCCUCACAAGGUACAGCGCAGUGUGUCGUCCAACCAGAAGCCUCAGAACCGCAGAGCCACCAACCAGGGCUCCUCCUACUCCAAGAAGGGAGGCCAGGCGGACAACCGGUCUGCAGGAGACGACUCUGGGAGGAAGAGUUCAUCAGGCAGCUCCACUACCAAGGUGCCGGCCAGCCCUCUGGUCUCCUCUGACCGCAAGAAGAGCGCCACGCCCUCCACCAAUAGCAUCCUGUCCACCGGUACAGGUCGCAGUCGGAACUCUCCUCUGACUGAGAGAGCCACGCUGGGCCAGGGCAUCCAGAACGGCAAGGACAGCCUAAACACUCCGGGCUCCCGCGCCUCCACUGCCUCGGCCGCCGCCGUCCUCUCCUCCUCCUCCUCCUCGCGUCCCCGCCACCAAAAGUCCCAUUCCUCCUCCAAUCAUCCAUGCCCCUCUGACCUGCACGCACCACGGCCCAGUGCCCCGCCACAGCGGGCACCUGGUGCCUCCCCUUCUGCCCACAACAUCAGCAGCGCCGCCGUGUCAGACCGUACCAACUUCACCAGAGGUGUGACCAUCCGCAACACGUUCCACGCAGGCCAGCAGCGGGGCGCCCGGGACCAGCAGGGCUCCGCCUACCCCGGCGGGGCCGCUUCCCCAUCACUGUCACAUGGCAACAGCCAGGCCCGGAGGACACACGGCGCCACAGGGAUUUUCAGCAAGUUCACAUCCAAGUUUGUACGCAAAAAUCUGUCGUUCAGGUUUCCGAGAAGGAGUCCGUAUGAGGGAGAGGGUCGGGAUGAGGGGAGCAGGUCUGUGCUGAGCAGUACGGUGGACAAGUCGGAGAAGACGUCCGGCGGCGUUCUCUCCUCCUCUUCCAACAACGAUGAGAACAACUCCUCACCAGGAUCUGGUAACACUGGUGGCACCGGCACUCCUCCGGCCAUCGCCAGCCAGAAGGACUCGGCCAAGCCGCGCUCGCUGCGCUUCACCUGGUCCAUGAAGACCACGUCGUCCAUGGAGCCCAUGGAGAUGAUGCGCGAGAUCCGCAAGGUGCUCGACUCCAACAGCUGCGAGUACGAGCUGCGCGAGCGCUACAUGCUGCUGUGCGUGUCGGGCAACCCGGCGCGCGACGACUUCGUCCAGUGGGAGAUGGAGGUGUGCAAGCUGCCGCGGCUCUCCCUCAACGGCGUGCGCUUCAAGCGGAUCACGGGCACGUCCAUCGCCUUCAAGAACAUUGCCUCAAAGAUCGCCAACGAGCUCAAACUGUGAGUGCGGAGGAGCAGCGAGAAGAGCUG